AUGUCGAGAUAUGUAAAAUAUUUUGUUCAAGCGAAAAAACUAGAUAAAAGGAAAAGGAAAUAUUAUAAACUAGAUUUCCUAGAAUUAAACAAAGAAUUAAGUAUUCCACAUCCUUUAAGAGAACAAAAUCAACCGAAACGAUUGGACUUGUCGAAAUAUUUAAAUAUAGAAGUAGGUGAUUUAGUUAAGGUGUUGUAUGGACCGGAUAAAGAUAAAGAAGGGUUAGUAUUAAGCAUUAACACUAAAAGAAAUACAGUAACUGUUGAUGGAUGUAAUAUGAAGAAAUCUGCUUGGAAUGUAACAGAUAAUAAGAAAGGUUCAAUUAUUACACAAGAAAUGCCUAUUCAUAUAACAAAUGUUUCUUUAUUAGAUCCAAUAAGUAAAAAACCAACAGUUGUCAAAAGGAGAUAUAUGAUGAAUGGUGAAUGUGUACGUAUAUCUAAAAUUUCAGGGUGUGCAAUGCCUGAACCUGUUCAUAAAAAUAUCUUGAAGGAACAAAAUAAUUAUGAACGGUUUAUACACCAAAAAAAAACCGGACCUCCCAUCAAAGAUAUAUAUGCAGAAAAAGAUUACAAGAAUUUCAAUUUAUUAAAAAAAAUAGCCUAUGAAAUAAAAAAAAAGCGAUUUUAUGAUAUGAAAAAUUUUUUUAAAAAGGAUGAUCAAGUUGAAAAUGACACUCACUAA